CAAAUCAAUAACAAUAACUUCACAAUUUUCCUGUUUUUUCUCUGCAACCAGACCGCCGGAACACAGGAAAAUUUUGUUUUUCUCUCCCACGAUCCCGCCAUGGCUGCCGCUCUUCUCCGAAUGUCCAGAUCCUCAUCGGCGCAACUGACAGCCGUCUCCAGAGCUUUCACCUCGCGGAAUUUCUCCGCCUCCUCAACGUCGUCCUCGGCGUUCAAUCCCGAGCCCGACAUCGCCAGAUCUCCGUCGUCGUCUUUCCUAUCCCGGAAUUCGCCCUUGCCGCAAGACCCCAAGGACAGGAACGUCCAGUGGGUGUUCCUCGGCUGCCCAGGCGUCGGGAAAGGGACCUACGCAUCUCGCUUAUCGAAUCUCCUCGGCGUCCCUCACAUCGCCACCGGAGAUCUCGUCCGCGAGGAGCUUAAUUCCACCGGUCCUCUCGCCUCUCAGCUCAAGGAGAUUGUGAACCAAGGGAAAUUGGUUUCAGAUGAAAUCAUUAUCAACUUGCUAUCCAAGCGCCUUGAAGCAGGGGAAGCUAAGGGAGAAUCCGGUUUCAUUCUCGAUGGCUUUCCUCGAACUAUUAGGCAAGCGGAAAUAUUGGAAGGAGUCACAGAAAUUGAUUUGGUGGUGAACCUUCAGCUUAGGGAAGAAGCUCUCCUUGCAAAAUGUCUUGGUCGUAGAAUCUGCAGCCAGUGUGGAGGAAACUACAACAUUGCUUGCAUUGACAUCAAGGGGGAUAAUGGUGAACCUGGUAUCUAUAUGGCUCCUCUUCCGGCACCGCCACAAUGCGCAGACAAACUGAUCCAACGUGCCGAUGAUACUGAAGAAGUUGUGAAGGCUCGGUUACAAAUUUAUAACGAGAUGAGUCGACCCUUGGAGGAAUUUUACCGAAGUCGAGGCAAGUUGUUGGAGUUCAGUCUUCCAGGGGGGAUUCCGGAAUCAUGGCCGAAGCUGCUUGAAGCUCUGAACCUCGAGGACCAUGAAGUUAAGCGCUCUGCAGCAGCAUGAGCUCUUGUUCUCCUAUAUUUAUAUGUAGCAUAUCCCACCAGUUUAAGUUAGGUCAUUCUUUGCACGAAGGAGCGCCGUGCAUACAAAAAAUUGAAGAUAUAGAACAGUAAAUGUGAAAUAAUCCAGGCCAAGCGAGACCAUAUUGUGGGGGAGUAAAGAGACUCUUCUUUGCCUGAUGCAUGGUCUCACUAGCCAAGCUCGAUAAGUAUUUCGUUUGUAUUUCAGACAAAGGUGUCUUAUCCUUUCAAUUUUGGGUGUAUUUGUUUGGUUAUAAAACUUCAUAUUAGGGAUUUAAAGAAAUCCCAGAGGGGUUAAUGAGGCAAUGCCAAGUUAGGAUUGUAUUGUACCAACUACUUCAAUUCUUCAAAUAACAUCGACAGACGACAGCAGCGAGCUCUUGCUCUGCUAGGUUUUUUUUCCUAUUUGCAGGCUUUCCAAUGUGGUCUUGUUAGUAUAUCUUAAUUGAAUUCUGC